GACGCCGUCAUUGUUAUCAGGUUCCGGUUUGAAAAAUGAACUUCUUUUUGAGAUUAUUAAUUUUCAGUCUAUUUAUAAAUAUAAACUGAAAAAGGGAAUUAUUAUAAAAAAUAAUUUUUCAAAUUAAAAUACUAGAGUUGUCAAUAGUAAAAAGUGUUUUCAUUUAUUAAGUAAUUUUCAGUGCUGCCACAAGAGCGGACGAAGAAGUAAUUUCGUACGCAAUCGGUGAUAUUUACAAUUAUUAUUUUGCUACUGUUUUGACAAAUAAUAAGCUGAAUCUUAAUUUUUUUGAUUCAUAUUUUCGUUUAAAUUGUGGAAAACUAUAAAGUAAUGCAACCUCUAAGAAGAAAAUGAACAAAAUGUUAUUGUAAUUGUUAAAGUCGGCAUAGUGGCUAUAGUUGUCAAAAUAUGGUCGUACGUUUUGGCUGAACAGAUAGUGGUGAUGUGUGAGCAAACUGAAACGAAUUAUUUGGAUGGGGAUGUAGUAUGGGUGAAGUUGGGUUCAUGCUGGUGGCCCGGCGAGGUGGUGGGCCCUGAUAAGCUUCCAGCAGAUGUACUGCCAUCAUUUCGGAAACCACCUAUAGCUGUGGUUAAAUUCUACCAAGAGGAUACAUAUGAAUAUGUCAAGAAUACUAAUUUAAUCUACAGAUACAAUUGCAGUCGUAAAAAUGAAUUUAUCAAUAAGGGUUUGUACAUGUACCGAACGAAGCAUGGACAUAUGGAGAAGUUUCCUGAAGAUGUUAUCAGAGCAGAGACAGCAGUGGGUGGUGACAUAGAGAUCCUAACGAGGGAUGAAUUCCAAGAGAUUAAGAAGGAGAGUUAUGCUGGGCUCUUUGGUGAUUCUGCUAAGAAAACACCAGGCUCUACAAAAAGAGGUAAAGGCAGGCCAAGACUCUCAUCGGAAUCUUCAAGGACUCCUAUUAGGAAGCUAAGAGAAAAAACAGAUUAUAAAGUUCAUAUUCUGGUACAAGGAUCAAAUACACCCUCCAGCCAAACUGCAGAGCCUCCGGCAACGACUUCUACUAGCGGCGUCGAGUCUGAAGUUACAGAACAGAAACAAUCAAAUGAGGAGCAACGUCAACUUGAAACAAAACCUUCUCCACAGGUGCCAUUCACCCCUGUGCCCUCAAGUACUGGUGGAACAUAUUCUUGUCAUGCUUGUUCGUUCUCCACCACGCGUCUUAAUGUUCUAAUUAUGCAUAACAAAACACAUAGUAUUGGCUUCACACCUUACACACCAUCGCCAGUAAGGAAAAAACCUGUAAAAUCUACUCCUAAGUCAACACCGACGUCGUCCAAGACACCGAAAGUGAAACGGCCGCGUAAGGAAAAAUUGGAACCAAGUUCUAAGAAAUCCCAAGCUAAAAAACGCACAUCUGAUGACGGCAAUAAUUCAGUUAUAGAAGUUAAAAAAGCCAAAACUGAUGAAGAAAUAAAGAGUAGUCUAUUAGCUGAUUGGGACGACGUAGAUGAUGAAGGGUCUAAUGAUGAUUCUUCAGCAAUGGUAAUGGCGGGAUCACCUGAAGUAGCUGUUGCGGCCGAGUCGCCUGCAGUGCCAACCCCAGCCGAGUUGCCGAGUGCUCAAGUACCAGGAGACAUAUCACCCCAACCAGACAAAAAGUCCGACGAUAUGACGAGUGAAAAAAUGGAGCCUUCAAGUGAUUCUAAAUAUGAGUUUUGUGAAGAUGAAGACUGGUCACUUGAAACUGACGCUGGCCGAAAAAUUCCACGCGUUACAAAUCCAUCUAAACGAAAAGAAGAUGCGAAGAGUCUCAGCCUAGAAGACGACGAUGUUGCGAGAGAAGUUGCAGAGUUAUUAAACAAAACAACGCUGCCUGAACUGCCAUCUGUACCAGAACCUUUAAAAGUAGAGGAAAAUUUUCCUGAGCCUUCUAUCGUAAAAUCUCCAGACAAAAACCCAGAAGUAUCAUCACCUGAACCUUCAAAGAGUUUAGAAAAGGUGGCAAUUGAACUUCCACCCACAAAAGCAAUUUUUAAGACUAAAACAUUUUUUCGUAGCCGACACUCAAGAAGUCAAGAUGCCAUUGGGAAGUAUGUGGCAGAACAACUAAAUGCUGUUGAAAGAAUGGAUAUGUCUGAAGGUGAAAUUAAUGGAUCUGAUGCAGUUUCAUCCCCUGAAGCGAGAGAUUCGCCUCCUAUUGAACCUGUAAAAGUUGCCAAAUUGGCACCAAAAAUACAACUUAAGAAAAUGAAAGCUGAAGCGGCGCAGUUACGAGAAAAAGAGAAGAACAAAGAACAGGAAGAUGCUAUAAACAGAGAAUUAGAAGAUCCAGCUUCAUCUAUCCCAAAUGUUGCUACUAAUAAAGAGAAUACUGAAGAAAAUAUAUCACGAGAAAAUACCGCAGAAAAUAAUGACCAACAUUCUGAAAUAGACAAUGAGAAAAUACUUUUACCAAAACCUAUUCAAGAUGUUUUAUAUCCCACUCAAGAAAUAAAACCAGUUAACGAAGAAACUUCUAUUGAUAAAAGUUGCAGCAUUAAUCAUGAAAAUAAUAAGGAAAACGUAAAAGAGACCAUAUCUCAAAAUAUAACAGAAACGAAAGAUACAUUCGUAGAUAGUGAAGUUGAUAAUAUUGUAACAAAUUUAGUAAAAGAUGAUAUUGUCAACGAGCAUCAAAUAACUGAUGAUACACCACAAGAGCAACCUGUUGAACCGUAUAUGAAUGAGUCUACCGCGUCCGCAGUUGAUGCUUUAUUGAGCGUGUCUAGAGAUACUGACAGAGUUACUAGGGUUAUCAGUGAUGAUCCUCCGGAAGAUUUAUUCGAAGACGACAAUAAAGAUAGCAUUUCUAAUAACACUGUCAAUGGAUUCAAUGAAAAUUUAGAUGAUAACACGGCCACCAAAAACAUCGACCCGGAAGAAAAUAUGCAAGUAGAUAUAAGUAGAGGUUUACAAAUCGAUUUUAAUGAAGAUGAAAAUCUUGACGAUAAAAAAAUUAAUGACAUUGUUAUAAAUAAUGAACCUAGUUCAAACAAAGACGAUGAACAACUGAUGGAAAUACCCAUGAAGGUAAACACUGAAAAUAUUCCAUCUGAAUCUGAUCUUCAGAUUGCAGAAACUCUUUUAAAUCUGCCAUCAACAGCUAUACAAAGUAAAGCUAUAGUUGACCCCCAAGCAGAUGUCGAUGUACAAUCAAACAUUGAAUCAGAAACAAGUGCUGAAAUAAUAGAAACCCAAGAACCUAUGGAAGUAGAUAGUCAGGUUUAUGAUAUACCAGAACAUAGCAAGAUAUUAGAUGUACCAAGUAAAGUAGAAACUAUUUUCAAUAACGAUAAUGUUAAUAUACAUAUUGAAACAGAGCAAGAGAAAACGGAAAAUGCAUUGACUGCCGCUCAAUCGUUAGUGCAGAUGUCUGAAUCUGUAGAUCAUAAAAUGAAUAUUGUAGAGCCAAAAAUAGUUACUAAUAACGAAAUACCACUUUCGGGAACAUACAAAACAAAACGCAAAAAUGGAAUAGACAAAGUAGAACAAAGUGUAGAGCAAAAAAUAUCUUUAUUGUCUACUGAUAAUACAAACGAACCGGUAACUACAAAGUCAGCAAGAAAAUUUGAAACAACAUCGUCUAAACUGUUGAAAAUGUUAGAAGAACCUAUCCCAGCAAAAGUGGUGAUCCCCAAAGCUACAACCACUACUAAAAAACAAAUAAUAAUACCGGGGAAAGAAAAGAUUCUAAAUUUCGAUGUUGCUAAAUCACUAUCGGGAAAAAGUCAGUCUCCAGUAAUCAUUCGGCGUGCAGCUGCUAACAAAGCCAUGCUUAACAACUUAGGUGAAAUUACUGCAGACAAAAUUAUUCUUUCUCGAAACAAGAAACCUCAGGAUGGCUCUUCAAUUCAAACUUAUACAAUGCAAGCCGCAACGGAGGCUCCCUCGGAAUCUAACACAAUCACUAUAAUACAACAGAAAAUAAGAAAGGUACCGAAAACACCCACAAAAUUACAAAAAGCCAAAUUUCAGACAAACUCCAAAUCUCUCGUAAAUCCACAACCUGAACCUAAAAUAUUAAACGAAACUUCCAGCGACGACGCUAUGUUUGACAUUAACUCGAUGCCCAUUGUUUUGUCCGACGAUCUAUUGACGCCGGAAAGCAUCGAAAAAAUGCCUAUUGUUAUGUCCGACGGCAACCUCAUCACAAAUACUCUCAACCCGCCUAAAUUAGUCAAAACAAAAGCUGUUAUGGAAACCGAGAAAAUUUCAGUUACUACAGGGCCGAGCAAGCCCGAAGUGAAGACGUUACUGAUGAAUCCAGUUUCCGAAGGGAACAAAAUUAUAACCCCUAAUAUUUUGUCAAAAUCGUCAAAAAUACGCGGUGGUGCUAAACCUAUGUUAGUUAUCGAUAAGGCUACAGGAAAUAAGAAAAUUAUUGUAACGAAAGCGGAGCCGCCCGUUAAAGAAAUUAAGCAAGCGCCUACUAUAUUACAGCAGGUGACUCAAAGUACAGGGAAAGCUGAGAAGUUUAUUCUGUUGCCGACGGCCAGCUCACCGCGGCCCGGCCGGACGCAGAAGAUUGUCAUCGACCCUCAAACGGGGAAAGCGCACGUGUUGGUGUCCAAGGGCCCGGAACCGGCGCUGGCGGUCCCCGAGAACAAGCCGGUGUCGGCCAAGCUGAUCCCGUCGUCCUCGGACAGCAGCGCCGGCAACACCGUCAUGAUCAUCACCAAUGCUCAGGGCGCGCAGUCCAGGAUAGUCCUCACACCCGAACAUGAGAAAAUUCUGUUUCCUAACAAGCAGCCGAAUGUGACACAACUGAAAGCUAUAACUCAAAGAGCAACGCCCGGUUCAGCGCAGAAGACUAUCCUCAGUACUGGGACAACUGUGAAAGCUCAAACGAAACUAGUACCUAAGCAAAAGAGUACUAUAAUCACUUCUAAGGGCCAAUUGAUCGUCGGCGGGCGCGUGGCUGGAACCGCGCAGAGUAUAUCCGCCAUGCCAGAAAUACGCCCUAGCCCAAAACGGAUUAUUGCCGCCGAACCAAAAAAAGUAAUUCAAGCCAUUCAGAAACCUGCCUCUGAACCUUUAAUAUUUUUGCAACAAAAAUCGGGUGCCGUGGUGCAAUUGACGCCCUCACAAUUUGAGCAUUUCAAAAGAACCGGCCAAAUAGUUCAGAAAACACCAGUGGUCGCGGAAAACAAGGUUAUAGUUCAGAAGACUAAAAUUCAUUCGAACGAACCGGUCGCUAACCUUGCACCUAAGCCUAGAAUAAGGAAAACCACAGUCGAGUCGCCGACGCCCGUCAAAAAAUUGAAGCAGGAGAUAGCUAUCACUCCUGCGCUAGCGCCUGCACCCUCUCCCGCCCCUGCCCCCUUAUCCGCUCCCGUGCCGGCGCUGGCCGCACUCUCCAGCACCAGCAACCCCGCGUCCCUACUGCAGUCUGUGCACACCGCCACCGUCACCCCCGCGACCUCCUCCACAUUCCCUGACCUGGAUAACUUUGAGGAACUGUUGCCGUCCACCGCAAUAGUGCGGGCGACGGAGCCGCCGCGGGUGGAAGUGCCGGCGCCGGCACCGCCCAAACCGGAAGCGGCUGCGCCGCAGGAAGCGCCCGCUCCCGCCCCUCUCUCCGAUGGACAGUUGCUGGCGGUACCCGGAGAGCAUUUUGGAGGACCACCGGGCUCCUUCUACCUUUGCGUAGAAGAUAAUGGAACGCUCACGCCGAUCGACAACCGGCCUUUGGUUCUGGAAAACAACCAGCUGGUCCCGAUGGCGGUGGAGCUGGCGCCGCAGCCGGAGCGGCGCGACAUCCUGGAGGCGGCGCUGGCCAACAGCGACGUGUUCCACGCGGAGCCGCCGCGCGACGACGCGCCCGACUUCCGCGACCUCAACGCCAACGUGUCCGUGCACUGCCGCGUGUCCGAGACCAGCACUACUCUGAACCAGCCCAUCAUGACGCCGGUCGAGGUGCCCUCCAAGGGCGAGGGCGAGCCCGCAGUGCCGUCCACCCUGGAGGACGGGCUGGCGGUGAUCGGCGUGACUCCUCACUCGGUGCCGACGUCCCUCGAGCUGCCGAUCACCGUGACCGACCCGAGGAUAGCGCCGAAGACCACCGACCCUCUGAGCGGGACGAACUAUAGUGCGACUCUCCUACCGUCGCCGAAUACGGAGAUGUACGUGUCCACCGAGGAGGUGGAGGCGCCGGCGGGCCCCAUCUCGAUGCCGCUGCUGACCGACGAGGAGGCCGUGGGGAAGUCGAUGCCGAUCCUGACGGAGGAGGCGGCGGAGCGCACGGCGUCGUCGCUGUCGUCGGCGUCGUCGCUGGAGGUGCGCGAGGCGGAGGAAGACGGGCCGUGGUCGCGGCGGCUGCUGACGCCCGGCUCUGACACCUCCGAAACUUCCGCUGAGAUCCCUCUGCAGCCCUCUAUCCAGCUCUCGGUCGAUGACCUUUCGCGGAACAGUUAAACUUCUAUCAUUGUAUCAUCAAAUAAGGAGUCUACUCACUGAGCGCGGUGCGGUUUGGCACAACACAAUGCGGCUAACGAAUUUUGUAUGUUGAACAUGGGACUUGACUCAUUAACAAUUUAUUCUCCAAACCGCUUCAGGAGAUUGGUACCCCUAACGCCGGAGAUGUGUGACAUUCCGCCUUAAAUUUUCUAUAUCGACGCCCGUAAUGUCUUGGUAAAAUAAUAGCGCAUAUUUUCUGCCUCACACAUUUCUGGUUGGACUUUACUUCGCAUUAUUAAUAUUUCAUGAAAAUUUUAUUUAUUGAUAUAGGCUUUGAAGUAAUUUUUUACAUUUUAAUGUGCAAUGGAUUAAGUUUUAUCAUUUGUUCGUGAUGGAUCUUUGGAAGACGUUAUUAUGUGACGAUUGACUCGUUGAAUCUGAAUAAUUUGUUUUUGCGGCAUUCUGUUGCUGUCGUGUUAAAGUUAAGAAAGUGAGCUUGUGUGCGUUUGAAACGCGCACGUAUAAAUGUACAUAGUCUAAACUCAAUGAUUUGUACUAUGUCUUAUAUUUCUACUUCUUUGUAAUAGGUAAAAAUACCUAAUGCAUUAUUGCAUAAAAUAUACAGAAUUACAAUUUGUAAAUUUCAAUUUGAAUUAUGAUAUUGUUGGAUCGUGUCUGUAAUAUAUGAAAGUUAGGUAUAAGAUAUUUUUAUAAUGUGUAGAGAUGUGACUGGCGUGCACUGGUCGUGUGCCCAGCGCGUGAGAAGGACUUAAGUCCGUGGGACUAAAGGGACUCGAGACUUGGUUAUGUAUAAUGAAUGACUUAUAUCAUAAUGUAGCAGUAAUGUUAAGUACAAUAUUGUUGAGGUAACUUUAAACAUAUGUCUAAGGAGCAUAUUGGUUUGUUUUGAGUGAACUAUGUCAGAAUCUAGAUCGGACUAUGAAAAUGGAGUCUUAGUAAUUAACUUCUGUGUAGUUUUAAUAAAAUAAAUUUUAAUCAAA